AUGUACGCCCUGCCGGUCUCCAUCGUGUUCAUCACGCUCGCCGUCAUCAUCGUCCUGCUGCGGCUGUACACUCGAUGUUGUUUCGUCCGGACGCCAGGAUGGGAUGAUGCUGUGAUAGUCGCGGCGCUGUUGGCGGAUAUCGUCUUCCUUAACCUUCAUCAUACUUGGUAUGCCAGACGUCUUCAUUUCCUAUCUUUACCAUUGCUCAUGGAUAUAGAAAUCAAACAUGGCAUGGGCAAAGACCAAACUGAGGCCCUCUGGGCAUCGAUCCCUCUCUACAAUCUAGCCCUCAACUUCGCCAAAGCAUCAGUGACGCUCCUCUACAUGCGUCUUUUCUCCUCAACCAAAGACUACCGCGUCAUCCUGAUCUUUACUCUCGUCGCCGUCAUCAUCACCGGCCUGUACAUGGUCUUCAGCGCGUUCUUCUUCUGCACGCCCGUCCGCGCCUUCUGGAAUCGCAGCAUCCCAGACGCCUACUGUCUUCCCGAGGCCGUGAUCUGGCCGCUCAACGCGGGCCUCCAGAUCUCCACCGACGUCUGGUUGGUGAUUCUGCCCAUGCCGGUGCUCUUCCGGCUACGUCUGCCCCGACGACAGAAAUGCGCUCUCAUCUUUGUCUUCGCCCUCGGCGUCUUUGUCUGCGCAACCAGUAUCGUCCGCCUCGUCAUGCUGAUCAAUCUCAUUGACUCCCCCAAUCUCACCAAGGAAAACACAUCAGCAGCAACCUGGUCCUUCAUCGAGGCCAAUGUCGCCAUCAUCUGCGCCUGUCUGCCCCCGCUCCGUCCCCUCAUCGCGCAUGUUUUCCCGCGUCUCCUCCCCAUCCGCUCACGGAGCACUUAUCCCUCUCGCGAGAAGACCCCCCUCGACGGCCUCCCCAUCACGCCCCCCUUCCCUUUCACGAACACCGCCGCCAGUGUGACGGGCAAUUGCUCGAGCAACAAUGACGCACGUCGGAACUCUGAAGUGGUGCCGGGCCUGCAGCUGCAGCAUUCGCCCGUGCAUCCCGAGGGCACGAUCCACGUCACGAGUGAGGUACAGUGGCAGACAGAUGAGGCGGACAGUACAGAUGAGCAAGCCUCAGUGCGGUGGCUGGAGCCCGUUUCGUUAGAACGGGGUCCAUCGUGA